AUGUCAUUAAGUAGUACAUUAAAAAAAAAAUCAGAGUAUUUAGAAUCAAUUGGAUUCUUAGGAAUAACCUUUAUAAGGAAUGAAAAAAUUAUUUUCUCAACUAUUUCAAUUAAAGAAAAUGAAGCUAUAGAUUUAAGCAGAGUAGUUACCAAGCCUAAAUAUUCUUAUCAAAUUGAUGGAAAUAGCUAUGAUUUUCGACAUACAGAUCGUUGUAUGGUAUCGAAAAUUAGUACUUAUAGAAAUUUAGAUGUAGAAUAUAAAAAUGGGUGUAUAUUUAAAAUAAAGAACCCAACUCUUGAAGAGAGUGUUAUUUUGUUGGGAAUGUAUUCGCCCUUAAUAGAAACUGACCAAGCCAAUGAACAAUUAAAAAGUUUAUUUGAAUAUUUACAAAACAAAGGUUUUUUUUAA